AUUGGCUGAAGCCGUUUCCGUCCACCACAGAGCAGAAGGAGUCGCUCCUUGGAAUUAGUCGUCGCUGAAAACCUUUUUGGGGAAUAAAACUAACAUUUCCGGCUCAUCUCGUGCACGUUUUCCUGUGAAUAAAAGGAGAUGGCGCAGUGGGACCAGCUCAAGAUGCUGGACUGCAAGUACCUGGAGCAGGUGGACCAGCUGUACGACGACUCGUUCCCAAUGGACAUCCGGCAGUACCUGAGCAAGUGGAUCGAGAGCAUCGACUGGGACACGGUGGCGUACCAGGACUCUCUGGCCACCGUUCGAUUCCACGACCUCCUCACGCAGCUGGACGACCAGCACGGCCGCUUCGCCCUGAACAAUAACUUCCUGCUGCAGCACAACAUCCGCAAGAUCAAGAGGAACCUGCAGGACCGGUUCCAGGAAGACCCGGUCCACAUGGCCAUGGUGAUCUCCAGGAACCUGAAGGAGGAGAAGAAGAUCCUGGAGAAUGCCAAGAACACCAAGCAGGAGAGCGAGGGCGCGGUGUCGGCCAUGGUGGUGGAGAAGCAGAAGCUGGACAACAAAGUGAAGGACAUGAAAGACCGAGUUCAGGUGGCGGAUCAGUACAUUAAGAACCUUGAAGAUCUGCAGGACGAGUACGACUUCAAAGUCAACAAUCUGAAAAACAGAGAGAACGAGGUGAACGGCAUGACGCCGAAGGAGCUGGAGACUGAGAAGAUGACGCUCAUGAGGAUGUGCCUGGACCUGAAGACCAAACGCCAGGAGGCGGUGGGGCAGCUCAACGACCUGCUGACCGCCACGCAGGCGCUGCUGGCCGACCUGAUCUCAGAGGAGCUGCCGGAGUGGAGGCAGCGGCAGCAGAUCGCCUGCAUCGGAGGGCCGCCCAACGCCUGUGUGGACCAGCUGCAGAGCUGGUUCACGUCGGCAGCAGAGAGCCUCCAGCAGGUCCGUCAGCACCUGAAGAAGCUGCAGGAGUUGGAGCAGAAGUUCACGUACGACGACGACCCCAUCGCCCAGAAGAAAGCGUACCUGGAGGCCCGAGCCCUGGACCUCCUCAAGGACCUCCUCUCCAACUCUCUGGUUGUAGAGAGGCAGCCCUGCAUGCCCACCCACCCUCAGAGACCUCUGGUGCUGAAAACAGGCGUCCAGUUCACAGUGAAGCUCCGCUUCCUGGUGAAGCUGCAGGAGUUCAACUACCAGCUGAAGGUCAAGGCCCUGUUUGAUAAAGACGUGACGGAGAAGAAAGGGUUUCGGAAGUUCAACAUUUUGGGAACAAAUACCAAAAUCAUGAACAUGGAGGAGUCGAACGGCAGCCUGGCGGCCGAGUUCAGGCACCUGCAACUGAAGGAGCAGAAGGUCGCCGGCAACAGGACCAAUGAGGGGCCUCUGAUCGUCACCGAGGAGCUUCACUCGCUGAGCUUCGAGUCCGAGCUGCAGCUCAACCAGUCGGGACUCAACAUCAAGCUGGAGGCCAUUUCUCUGCCCGUCGUGGUCAUCUCCAACGUGUGCCAGCUGCCCAGCGGCUGGGCCUCCAUCCUCUGGUACAACAUGCUGACCACCGAGCCCAAGAACCUGAAGUUCUUCCUCAAGCCUCCUCUGGCCAAGUGGUCCCAGCUCUCUGAGGUCCUCAGCUGGCAGUUCUCCGCCGUCACCCAGCGAGGCCUGAACCAGGAGCAGCUCAGCAUGCUGGCUGACAAGCUGCUGGGAGCCAAAGCCAAGAGGAACCCAGAGGGACAGAUCCCCUGGAUCAAGUUCUGCAAGGUGGAGAGUGCCAAUGAGAAAGCGUUCCCCUUCUGGUUGUGGAUCGAGGGGAUCCUGGACCUGAUUAAGAGACACCUGCUCUCCCUCUGGAACGACGGCUCCAUCACAGGCUUCCUCAGCAAGGAGAGGGAGAAGGCUCUGCUGAGCGACAAGUGUCCAGGAACCUUCCUGCUGCGCUUCAGCGAGAGCAGCCGGGAUGGAGCCAUCACCUUCACCUGGGUCGAGCACGACGUGCACGACAAGCCUCUGUUCCACUCCGUGGAGCCGUACACCAAGAAGGAGCUGUCCGCCGUCUCCCUGGCCGACAUCAUCCGCACCUACAAGGUGAUGGCGGUGGAGAACAUCCCGGAGAACCCGCUCCGCUUCCUCUUCCCCGACAUCCCCAAAGACAAGGCCUUCGGGAAGUACUACCCCAAACCCUCAGAGACCCCGGAGCCCAUGGACGUGGAGAACGGUCCGAAGGAGUACGGCUACAUGAAGACGGAGCUCAUCUCCGUCUCAGAAGUACAUCCGUCCAGACUGCAAGACAAGAUGAUGCCGAUGUCUCCUGACGACUUCAAGGAGCUGUCGCAGUACGUCAGCCCCAGAGACAUCGACGCUGUGGUGAGGAUCAGGUUCUAACAACAACACGUCACAUUAGAGACAUUUGGGCAGUUUGACGUUCAGAUGAGUGAAGAGUUUUCAGACCAGAACUGAGGAGUUUCUUCACUUCACGUCUUCAAGCUGCUUCUCCUUCUUCUUCUCCUUCUUCUCCUUCUUCUUCUCCUUCUUCUCCUUCUUCUCCUUCUUCUUCUCCUUCUUCUUCUUCUUCUUCGUGUCAUCCUCGAUGAUGCUCCUCGUGACCCUCGUGGAGUAAACAGCAAUAGAUCUUUAGGUUUCAAAGUAAUCUGGUUACUUCCUGUUAAUAACUCACAGGUAAUGUUUAAUCAUCCAGCCUGAAUGGGACAUGAGAUCUGUCACUUUAUUUAUGUACAUGUUUCUUUUUAUUAAAUGUGAACCUUGAACUCCUUAAUAAUAAUAAUAUUAAUAAUGUGAUUCUUCAUGUUGUUAUUUUCUGAGCUAAAAUCACAAUUCUACAGUUUUAAAGAUGAGAUGCAUGUGUGAUGGUCUCCUGUCGAACUCCAUCUGAGCUUUUUAUAUUUAAGGACCUAUCAUUGGCUUUAUGGGAGCUAACGCAUGUUUCUGUUUAAUGUAAAGCUGAGUGAUGUUACUAAUAUCAAGUAAUAAACCUGCCUGUGUGAACA